AUGAACCUGAGUUCCAAGGAGAGGACUACACGGGCGCUGUGCGGAGCCGCUAUUGGUCCAGCUGACGGCCCAAGAAGUGUGACUGUGUUCGGCGACGGAAAUUCUGAUCACUCGCCUCCCGACGCGGCGGCAAGGGUUCAAUGCCCGACGAGGUCACAACCGGACUCAACGCCAGUGAGAGACAUGAUGGCUCCAGGAACUUGUUACAAGAUGUCGAGUGGGAGCGCGCCCCGCUGCACCAACGCGCCCCGCCGGAACCCUUCUGAAGGUCGCAGACCUCCUCAAGGCGCCCAGUCCUCCUGGUAUGUCGCGGAGGGAGCUGGCGUCGCGCGCCGCGUCGUGUCGUCGUCGUUGACGCCCGCGUCGGACUCCUGCUUCGACAUCGACACCUCUUCUCCCUCUUGUCUCUCCCGCUGUGCUGGACCCGCGAUGGAUCGCCUGCGCGUCUUCGCCGCAUUCGCGACGCUUGCAGGCGUGGCGCUGGCGUCGGGCGACAUCUCGCUGUCCCUGCCCGAGCCCAGAGUGGUGCGCGGCGUGAACUCGUCGCUGGUGGUGUCCUGCAACUCGCCCGCCGCCGUCGCCUGGGUCAGCCCGGCCGGCGAGCUCAUCACGCGCACCCUCAAGGGCAGGAUCCACCUGGAGAGCAACCACAACGGCAAGGGCGUGUCCUUGGUGCUGGAGCACAUCCUGAAGCAGGACAAGGGAAACUACACGUGCAAGGCGACGGUGGACGGUCGCUUGGUGUCAGCGACCUUCGAGCUGCUGGUCAUCAAUCCUCUGUCGUUCGUGGACACGCCGACGGAGCAGACGGCGGCGCUGCACUCGAACGUGGUGCUGCGGUGCGAGGUGCUGGGCGACUUCGAGCCCAGCAUCACGUGGCAGCGCGACGGCAAGAGUCCUGAAGGCCCGCGCUACAAGGUCGUGAACGACGGCCUCACCAUCAUGAACGCCACGCUGGAGGACGAGGGCGUGUACGUGUGCCGCGCCUUCCAGGUGUCGCAGGUCACCACCAACACGCUCGAGCGCAGCAUCACCCUGAGAGUGGAGCACGCGCCGCUGUGGCCGGACGGCAGGAACCGCAGCGUGGCGCACGGGCUGCUGGGCGGAGCCGCCAACCUGACCUGCGCCGCCAAGGCCUUCCCGCCGGCUAGCUUCCGCUGGCUGAGGGCGGGCCGGCCGCUGACCGCAGUCGCCGGCCAGGUGUCGCUGUUCCAGGCCGACAGCGUGGGCGUGCUGCAGGUGGUGGUGCAGAACCACAGCUGGUUCGGCGAGUACACGUGCGUGGCGCGCAACAAGCACGGCGAGGCGCAGCGCGUCGUGCAGCUGGUGGAGGGCACCAAGCCGGAGCCCCCGGCCAGCGUGGGCGUGGACGCGGCCGAAGGCGACUCCCUGUCGCUGAGCAUCGAGGCUCCCGAGGACGACGAUGACGACGCCUUGGGCUACCGCGUGCAGUACCGCCUCAAGGGCGCCAACGUCACCUGGGAGCGGGCGCACUUCGUCGACCUGGACAAGGGGUCGCGGCCGUACCGCAUCUCGGGGCUGGCGCAGAACGCCGUGUACGAGGUGCGCGUGGCGACGCGCAACGCGGCCGGCCUCAGCGACUACUCGCCCGAGCUGUCCUACAAGAAGUCCCCGGCCCAGGCGGAGCACGUGUCGGCCGGCGCCGCCCCCGCCGCCGCCGGCCCUGCCUCGCUGCUGCUGCUGCUGCUGCUGCUGCUGCUGCUGCUGCUGCGGCUGUAAGGCCCCCGGCUGCGAGGCUGCUGCGCGCGUGUUUCGCUGCAUUCGAUGUUUCUCUCAUUUCACCCGAAUCUGAGCCGCGAACAAAAAAAAAACCUUUCUCCCCCCCCCCUUUUUUUGUGGUUCCUAAUGUCAUUUGUUUGCUGGGGGGAAAAAAGAGUUGCGAUGAAAUUAAGGAUCUAUUAAUAGUUUACGAAAAUAAUUUUUGGACCAUUUAGUGAACGAAAAAUUUAAUCCGUGCCCUUGUCGUAGCUUAUGAAUCCAUCUCUUCAGUUAACUGAAAUCCCAUUGUCAAAAACCUUGGAUGCAAUUGUUUAUUGAAGGUUCCUUGAAAAGAAAUAUACAUACAUUAAUACCUUUUGGAUUUUUUUCUGUCAUUGAAAUACACCUAGUUUUGAAUACAACACUGAAAUAUUACACUCAUAACUAUCGACAUAUCUGAUCAUUGAAGCAUAAUUACUACAGAUACGUUAUAUCCUGGUAGCUUAUUGGUGUAAUUUAAAUUCACUCAAAACGGUGUUGAGUAAAAUACCUCUAUAUAAACUUGCACACACUUAAUGCGUGGUCUAAGACACUCCAAAUUUUUGUGUGUUGUUAAGUCAGAUAUGAAUGGAUUUGAUCACGUUUAACAGCUUGUAUCAAUUUUUAAAACAAAUACCUGACAAAUUAUUUGAUUAUAUUAAAAUGCGUUCCUUAAGAUACUAAAAUUGUUUAUUAUAUUCGUUGUAAAGGCAAGGGUAUUUUUUUUAAUGUUUGUACAUUGAUUGUUUACUCGGAAAGCACACUACUUAUUUUACCAAAUGCAAUCAAAUGAUUUUAUAACUACAAUUUGAAUAGGGGUAGAAAAUAUAUACACUAGAAAAAAGAUAAAAUUUAGUCUGGAUGUUUGGAAUGGUUUGGAAAUUUAAGUAUGUUUUAAAUAUUUAAGUCAUACUAGAAUUUUUGUUAAACGUAAAAUCUUUGGCUACAAGCGUUUUGUCCUCAACAUUAAAGAGUAGUUCAUAAUAUAAAGAAACAAAACAUAUAGCUUUCAUCAUCAAGUGCGUCUGGAUUAUAUGAAAUUUGCCAUGCAGUUAACAAAAAGUCAGCACUGAUACUGGCAUGAAAUAUAUCAUGCCAAAAAAAUCUACAGAAAAAUUAUUAAAUGCUUGUGACAUAUGUGUAUUCCUAUGUUUUAUAACAGGAAAUAUAACUUUUCUCCAUUUUUACUAAGUAUAAUAUUAUAAAAUACACAAUCAUUAUAUUGCAUUGCUUGAUAGUGAAUAUAAAAGUAUAUUAUAAAUGUUCAAUAUUUUGUUAGAAAUUUUAAUACGAAAUGUUCAGAAUGUAUAAGAAUAUUAAGAUACUAUCACGCUGGAAGUUAAUUGUAGAAUACUUGAUUACUGUUGAUUUAAAUUUAAAUAAUGUACCUACAACUGUUGUUGCGAUGAUGCAAAGUUUAAUGAACAUGGACAGUUCUGUGCACACAAAACAAAUAUGGUAAGUUUAAUGUUUCCACGGUUGGCAUUAAUAUUUAAAACACUUUUAUGUCAGACUGAGUGUGUUAAAAUGGACGACCAAUUAUUUGUUGAUGAUCAGAUUAUCUAGAAAAAUGGCUGUUAUUGUGAAAUUAAGAUUAAUCAACAUAGAGAGAACACUUUCUUCCUUUAUUAUAAUGCUAGACAACUCUUUCCUUGCAAAGAAAUAAUAUGUACUGUUCGUUUGUGUCGUUUGUGUGGACGAGAGAAUUUAUGAAUGGACCAUUUGUGAAAAAUGUAUGUACAUAUAAUGUUUGAGUGCUAUAUAAAUGUACUGUAAAUAAACCAAUGUGCACUUGUACAUAAAUGUCCCCCACCCAAAAAAAAACGUGUAAAUACAAUGUGUAGGCUAAUUGAGAUAAAUUCGAAAUAAAUAUUGAUAUUUAAAUUUUUUCCAUAAGCAUUUAUGCUUUAAUUUGUUUAUAUAUAUUUUACUUUUUUCUGGCUUAAGUAAGUUACAAAAGGAGAUUGUCUAUGAAUGUGAAUUCUGUUUGGAAAUAUAUUUCAUCACAUAUGUAUAUAAUAUAUUUUUGUUUGGUAUUAUUUUUUAUUUAUAAUGAAGCUAUGACUAUUCCUAUAUAAAAUUAAGAAACCGAUACUGGUAGAAAAAUAUAGUUAUGACGGCAAAAAUAUUAAAUUUGGUAAACUGUUAAGAACACAACAUGAAUAUAUUUAAUAAAGAAAUUGGCAUUUAUUGUAAAUUGCUCUACAUUCCCAAAAUUAUGUGUACAGUGCCAAAUAUGGAAUAAAAUAUUGUGUGAUAAUUUGUAAAUGCUAUGAAUGUGUAACUAAUUGUGAUAUACUUCAGCAAAGAGCCACGUAAUGAAUUUUACAUUAAUAUUAACGUGUUAUAUCUUUACAUUAUAGUUAGUAUUAUUGGUUAAUUAAUAGAAGAAACACAUAGUUAUGUAGAUAAAAUACACAUAAUUUAUUUACAGGAGUCUAUGUACAUUAAAUGUAAAUUAAUGUUAAGUAUUUUAUGAUGAUUUUGACAUGCUAGCAUAAGCACCAACACUGUAAAAUAACUGAUUCAAAAUUGGCUGGUUUUUGAAGGAAAAUCAUUGCUAAGUAAUAAAGCAUCAAACUAUCGUGAUAUUACAAUAAUGAUUUAUGUGUAAUUGCAUUACAUUUCAAUAAUAUAUCAUGACAUAAAUUUGGUAAAUAUCAUGCCUAAACUCGAACUUUAGCCAUGUUUUUAUGGAUUUUAUUGUGUGUGUCAAAUUUGUGUCUGUCCAGUCAUUCAGUACGUCAUGACUACUGAAAUAAUAUAUAUAUACUUUACACUCUCAUGAAGGAAAACGAAAUAUGGAAAGAAAGUUUGAAGAAGUAUUAAACGUUUUCCAUUUUUUUCGUGCCAUAAUUAUACGAAUUCAAAUAACACAAAUAAAAAUUUUAAAACCAAUUAUAAUAAUUCUAAGCAGUAUAAUAAUUAUAGCAACUUAACACUUAUUUUCAAACUCCACAUGAACUUUAAGGUACACUAUGAAAAAACAUAUCCUGGUAAGAAUAUGUGACCAAUUUAAGUUUAUAGAAAUUCCAAAAAUCAUAACAAUUUAUAAUUUUACUUGUCGGUUUUUUUUAUCUAAUAACAUUUAAAAAUAACUUUGUCAGUCAUAAAGUCACGUGUACUCACACCAGUUAAUGUAUAUAGUUAGCCUCAUAGUGUCGCAUAUGCCAACUCACUGCAGGUAAGCUUUAUUUCUGUCGGUUUAAAAAUAAGCAAUUUGGUCUCUGCGUGUUGUAUAGGCAACUUUUCCAGGAAUUUUAUAUAAUAUUGUGAAAAUAAUUACUGACAUAAGUAUUUUUUUCGCGAAUAAUUAUACUUAGUAAAUGAAAAUUAUACAUCAUUGUUUUAAUGGGUGUAUUAUUUGACUAAACUUAUAUUUCCGCAAUCAUAAAUAAACAGUUUACCUUUAGUUUGUGUCUACAACGACCUUUGAAUUCUAAGCUUACGGUGAUAUUUUUUCCAGUAAAACUACAAAUUAAAAAAUCCUUUCAAGAACUAAGUAAUUAUAUAUAUUAAUUGUAUUAUACAAAUAAAAAACUGUUGUAUUUAAUACUAGAAAUUUAAUGGGAACAUGAAGCUAUGACACUUUUUGAGUUAGUGACUACUAUCCACACAAACUUUAGUUGUCAAUAAGGUUUUUUCUUCAGUGGUUGUCCUUGGAGUUCCAUAAAUAAGCUUUCCAAUAGUUUGAAGGAUACGCUAGUUUGUAAACUGUCAUUCACUUAGUCCUACAGAAUAAUGCAGAAACGUCCAUAACGUAUGUAAUAGAUACAGAACAAGUGACCAAGAAUGUUUACGACAACUCAGAACUCUGCGUAAAUUGUUCAAAAAUUACAAAAAAAAAUCGUUUUUUUUUUCAACGGAGAAUACUCUUUAAAUGAAGAGAAUCCUUGGUUAAAUUUAAAUAACUGGAUCUUCGUAGACACUACAGUGUAGCACGACUUCCGAUGUUUAUUGUUCAUUUGUAUUCAGGGGAAACAUGCAAUUGGAAGGACGAAUAUAGUUUUUUUUUCUGUAGACUUGUUUAGUCUUGUUAGUUUUUGAAUGUUUCGUUAACAUUCCAGAAUUACGCUUUUGGAUUCAUGCUUAAAAUAAUCUCUAUCUGUACUCACAAAUUUACGAAGAUAUCCGAAAAUAUACGAAGAACCUUGGAAAUUAGUACACAUUUUACUUCGCAAAUUUACAAGGAAAAUUUUUUCACUUAUACUAUGUAAAUAGUUUGUUGUAGCGCACUGUUGUGCGUUGUCUAUAUUACUUUUGUGGCUUAAGAGUUAAAUCCUCUCCGGGAACACCACUUCAACCAACUGAACCUGACAGUCACUUAACAAAUAAUUUUGGGCGAACCAAGGUGUUUGUCAUGGUCUUGAGGUUUGACAGAGAAAUCUGGCGAGUUUAAGCUGACAACUAUUGAGCAGAGUGCGCACAAACAUCCACGAGCGAUGGUAAUAUCCCAAACAAGAUACCUACAUUUGAUUUUUAACAAAUUUUUGCAGCAUAUAAAAUACUUGAGUGGUUGAGUAAAAAUGAACAAUCAGUGAAACUGUUUUCAUUUAAUUAUUGUGAGAAUUAAAACAAACAAAUUAAGAAUAUCUCAGUUAAGGAUUUAUACACAUUUGAAACUUUUAAAUGUUUCCCCCACACCAAAUAUAUUCAAAAAUUUCAAACAACAAUGAAUUAUUGAUGCGAUAAAAAAAUUAAACAGUUAUUUUACAGUAAUGUUUAUAAUUGUGCACUAAAUGUUGUGGCAUUUGUUUGUAAUAUGAACAAUUAUUAAAUUAGUACUUGUUAAAAAAAUUUCCUUUGCAAAUACCCUCCAAGCUGUGAGAAUGUAUUAUUUUCAUUUUUUUUAUUUUGGGAUCGAAUUUUUUUUAUGUAAGAACAAUAACCUUUUCAAAUGAUGCUCAUAACAAGUUUGUAAUAUCUUGAUUUAAAUUAUCAAACUUAGACAGGAUGAUUGAAAACCAAAUAUCGUAUGUUAAUCUAUAGCUAUCCAAUACUCUCUGUGAAUGUUUUAUUUUAUACAGUUGAAACACCCAGGACUUGUAUGACAUAAUAAAGUUCUCCUGUUUGGAA